UGGAACCAAAGUACGGCGCCCACGGAGCCACCCGGACUCUGUUUGGGAAGGAAACGCAGUGGCCGCCGCUUCCUGGUUGCGGGUCGGCGCCGGGGGACGGGUUUAGCCGCCGCGAUGUUGCCCUACACGGUGAAUUUUAAGGUGUCGGCGCGCACCCUCACCGGGGCCCUCAACGCCCACAACAAGGCGGCGGUGGAUUGGGGCUGGCAAGGUUUAAUUGCUUAUGGAUGUCAUUCGCUUGUGGUAGUGAUUGAUUCCAAUACUGCUCAGACGCUUCAAGUUUUAGAAAAACAUAAAGCUGAUGUUGUCAAGGUUAAAUGGGCCAGGGAAAAUUAUCACCAUAACAUUGGCUCGCCGUAUUCCUUGCGCUUAGCUUCUGCCGAUGUCAAUGGGAAGAUCAUCGUUUGGGAUGUGGCAGCAGGAGUAGCUCAGUGUGAGAUCCAAGAGCACACCAAGCCUAUUCAGGACGUUCAGUGGUUAUGGAAUCAAGAUGCUUCCCGAGAUUUACUGCUUGCUAUCCAUCCGCCAAAUUAUAUUGUGCUCUGGAAUGCAGACACUGGCACCAAACUCUGGAAGAAGAGCUAUGCAGAUAACAUUCUUUCCUUUUCUUUUGAUCCUUUUGAUCCAUCACAUUUAACUUUACUCACCAGCGAGGGCAUUGUAUUCAUCUUGGACUUCUCUCCAUCCAAGCCUCCCUCAGGCCCUGGGAAAAAAGUUUACAUAUCCAGCCCACACUCCAGCCCAGCUCACAACAAGCUGGCUGCAGCCACAGGGGCCAAGAAGGCUCUUAAUAAAGUGAAAAUCUUAAUCACUCAAGAGAAGCCUAGUGCUGAAUUCAUAACUCUCAAUGAUUGCCUUCAGUUGGCAUACCUGCCUUCCAAAAGGAAUCACAUGUUGCUGCUCUAUCCUCGAGAGAUUUUAAUCCUUGACCUUGAGGUGAAUCAGACAGUGGGUGUGAUUGCAAUAGAACGAACAGGAGUUCCAUUUCUGCAGGUAAUACCCUGCUUUCAACGAGAUGGUUUAUUUUGCCUACAUGAAAAUGGUUGUAUAACCUUACGUGUUCGAAGAUCUUACAGUAGUAUUUUCACUGCUUCAAAUGAGGAACCAGAUCCAGAUCCUGUCCAGGAGCUUACCUAUGAUUUACGGAGCCAGUGUGAUGCAAUCAGGGUGACAAAAACUGUCCGUCCCUUCAGUAUGGUGUGUUGUCCUGUCAAUGAGAAUGCAGCUGCCCUCAUCGUGAGUGACGGCAGGGUCAUGGUGUGGGAACUGAAGUCUGCUGUUUGUAAUCGAAAUUCACGGAACAGUAGUUCUGGCAUGUCGCCUUUAUAUUCACCAGUGUCUUUCUGUGGAAUUCCUGUAGGAGUGCUACAGAAUAAACUCCCAGACCUCUCCUUAGAUAACAUGAUUGGGCAAAGUGCAAUUGCCGGGGAAGAACAUCCCAAAGGCUCCAUUCUGCAGGAAGUGCAACUCAAAUUCCUACUAACAGGACUGCUUUCAGGACUGCCCUCACCACAGUUUGCUAUCCGUAUGUGCCCACCAUUGACCACAAAAAACAUCAAGAUGUAUCAGCCAUUGCUUGCUGUUGGUACAAGUAACGGUUCUGUCCUAGUGUACCAUCUCACCAGUGGGCUGCUGCACAAGGAGCUAAGCAUCCACUCAUGUGAAGUCAAGGGUAUUGAAUGGACGAGUUUAACUGGUUUUCUUUCUUUUGCUACCUCAACACCAAACAACAUGGGAUUAGUGAGAAACGAACUUCAGCUGGUUGAUCUCCCAACAGGUAGGAGCAUUGCUUUUCGUGGUGAACGAGGUAAUGAUGAAUCGCCCAUUGAAAUGAUUAAAGUGUCUCAUUUGAAGCAGUAUUUGGCAGUUGUAUUCAAAGAUAAACCCCUGGAGUUAUGGGAUGUUAGGACUUGUACCAUUCUUAGAGAAAUGUCCAAAAACUUCCCUGCAAUAACUGCUUUGGAGUGGUCACCUUCUCACAACUUGAAGAGCCUGAGAAAGAAGCAGCUGGCUACCCGAGAGGCCAUGGCCCGCCAGACUGUGGUCUCAGAUACAGAGCUGAGUGUUGUUGAGUCAUCUGUGAUCAGCUUGCUGCAGGAGGCCGAAAGUAAAUCUGAACUCAGUCAGAACAUCUCUGCCCGGGAGCAUUUUGUGUUUACCGAUAAUGACGGCCAGGUUUAUCAUCUCACUGUUGAAGGAAACUCAGUGAAAGAUAGUGCUCGGAUUCCACCAGAUGGAAGUAUGGGUAGUAUUACCUGCAUCGCUUGGAAAGGUGAUACAUUAGUUCUUGGAGAUAUGGAUGGAAAUUUAAAUUUUUGGGAUUUGAAAGGCAGAGUAUCCAGAGGAAUACCUACACACCGAAGUUGGGUGAGGAAGAUUCGUUUUGCCCCUGGUAAAGGAAACCAAAAAUUAAUAGCAAUGUACAAUGAUGGAGCUGAAGUAUGGGAUACUAAAGAGGUUCAGAUGGUGAGCAGUUUAAGAAGUGGAAGAAAUGUAACCUUUCGGAUACUGGACGUGGACUGGUGUACAUCAGAUAAAGUGAUCCUGGCUUCAGAUGAUGGGUGUAUCAGGGUCCUGGAGAUGUCCAUGAAGUCCACGUGUUUUAGAAUGGAUGAACAGGAGUUAACCGAGCCUGUGUGGUGCCCAUAUCUCCUUGUUCCAAGGGCCGCCCUUGCCUUAAAAGCUUUCUUAUUACAUCAGCCUUGGGAUGGACAGUAUUCUUUGGACAUUUCUCAUGUUGAUUAUCCAGAAAAUGAAGAGAUAAAGAAUCUCCUUCAGGAGCAACUGAACUCCUUGUCUAAUGACAUAAAGAAACUCUUGCUUGAUCCGGAGUUCACCCUCUUGCAGAGAUGCCUGCUUGUUUCAAGGCUUUACGGCGAUGAGUCGGAGCUGCACUUCUGGACGGUCGCUGCCCACUACCUGCACAGCUUGUCCCAGGAGAAGGCAGCAGGCACACCAGCUGCUAAAGAAGCUGCUCCUCGGGACAAAGUGAACAACCCACUAGACAUAUGUUAUGAUGUGCUCUGUGAAAAUGCGUAUUUUCAGAAAUUUCAGCUGGAAAGGGUUAAUCUUCAGGAGGUGAAACGGUCAACUUAUGAUCAUACAAGGAAAUGUACAGACCAACUGCUUCUCUUGGGUCAAACAGACAGAGCUGUGCAGUUGCUAUUGGAAACAAGUGCAGAUAACCAGCAUUAUUACUGUGACUCACUGAAAGCCUGCUUGGUCACAACUGUCACCUCGUCAGGCCCCUCUCAGAGCACCAUUAAGCUCGUGGCAACUAAUAUGAUUGCCAAUGGGAAAUUGGCAGAGGGUGUUCAAUUGCUCUGCUUGAUAGACAAAGCUGCGGACGCCUGCCGCUACCUGCAGACCUACGGCGAGUGGAACCGGGCAGCGUGGCUUGCCAAAGUCCGUUUAAAUUCUGAAGAGUGUGCCGACGUUUUAAAGCGGUGGGUCGACCACCUUUGUUCCCCUCAAGUGAACCAGAAGUCAAAGGCCCUCCUGGUCCUCCUCUCCCUGGGCUGCUUUUCCAGCGUGGCUGAGACACUUCACAGCAUGAGGUACUUCGACAGAGCGGCCUUGUUUGUGGAAGCUUGUCUCAAGUACGGUGCGAUUGAAGUCAGCGAGGACUCAGAUAUCCUUUGCCGGCACAUGUGUGCUGAGGAGGAAGCAGGUGCCGUGAGGGUUUUAGAAUCUCUCUCAGUUGUGCUGCCUGGGACGGAGAAAGAUCCGUAUGCUGGCUCCCCAGAGCCAGGAAAGAGGGAGGAACGAGAGGGAGAGAAUCAGAAAGAAGGUUGUUGCACCACCGGCCUCAGCUCUAAGUUGGUGGGGAGCUGGGAAGGGCUGUAAAGGGCAAGGAGCCCAAAUUUUGUAAUGUUUUGUUUGAACUUAAAAAAGAGAGGAUAGAGGAACUAGUUAGGAAAGGUAUAGGAGGCUGCUGCUGGAGUAAAUGCAUACCGGAAUAGAGUGAAAAGAAAGACUUGCUGUUACCCACAGCGACAGUCUAAUGUGGAACAAGGCACAGCAGCACCUCAGAGAGGCGUGUCGUGCAGGCAGGUCACUGUGGUCCACGUGUGACCAGGAGCGUUUCAGUUCUUCUACACGUCACUUGAGUCACAUGUUUUUCUUUGAAAAGAAUGGGCUUGAGAAUCCAGAUCCCAGGUCCUUGUGUUUAUAGAGGCUUUGUUAUUCUCAUUGUACUUUUUCUUAAAUUGUUACAUUGUGGCCUCAUUUCUACAUGUCAUGUUUUUGAUUUUCUGUUUAUUUUUAGUAGAAAAUUAAACCGAACUCAGUAUCACAUAUCUAGGCACUGGUGAAGUUGGCUCUAGUUCGAAGGAGCCAUUUUGGAUAUCAGAACACAGUGGAACAGGGCUGUCUAAAACCCCAACACCCAGCUCUCUGGAGCUCUUGCCUUGAAGCAGGCUUUGCAGAUAGAACCUCUCAGUGAGGCUGUAUCUGCCCCUCAAACUGCCAGUCUCUCAGAGUUUCAAACAGCACAAGGAUAUGCACGUGAGUUUCACUUCUGUCAUCCUUCUUUCUCCAGUCUAAGUGCAUUUAGACCUCAGAAUCUGGGAGGAUGUUAGUUGGGUCUUGUAGAAGGACAGGCUCUGGGCUCAGCUGACGCAAGUGCAAGGACAGUACAGAUGGAAACGUUGCCUCCCGCAGCCGGGAGUUGCCCUCCCGCGGGGUAGAGGUGCUUUUGCUUCUCCCGUGCUGCCCUCCUGUGGACACUGCGGCGGAGCUGGUCCUUGUUUCCGGCCUGUGGGAACCUAGUGGCGCCCAUUUUGCCCUUCCUUUCCUUAACUGCGGUUCACAGAAACUCAUCUCUGCUGUAUAUGCGGAUUAUGCCCGAAGCUUGAAGAGCCUCGGUUUUAAACAGGGAGCGGUUCUUUUUGCUUCAAAAGCUGGAGCAGCUGGCAGAGAUUUACUGAAUGAGCUGGCAUCCCCCAAGCGAGAA